AUUUCCAAAAUAGAGCAACUCAAAGAAGCACCCAAAACUUGAGGCAACAUCAGCCAUGCAGCUCGCGAGUCUAUGACGCUGCAUGCAUAUUUCGAACACAAACAAAGUUUCAACACAUUCAAAACAUGCAUGAAGGCUACGUGCGACACAACCACAAACACAUGCAAUGCCAAACUCACGCCUCCUUGGGAUUGCCUCGGCCAUUCACUCCGCAAAAUGCGGUCUGCCAGCAAAAGCAGUAACAAUGAGAACGGUAAUAUCGCCACUCUGCGAUAAUCCGGCUGUGGGGCCGGCGUACCCGUAGCAAAGUUCUUGCUAACGAGCACGACCCCCCAUAUACCCAUACUAUAGGCUUUUACGGCUUCAUUCAUAUACUGUACGACAAGUAGACGCAGUACAUGACUAGAAUUAUAUAGUCGGUGAAACUAGGUGGAUACUUUCUACGUAAGUUCAUUGUCAUGGGUAUUUCGAAGACUGAAGAGAACAAGUCGCCUGUUCACGAGAAGGUCCGAAUGUUUUGCAGUGGCUGGGGGAAGACAAGAGUUUUGAGAUAGUGGAUAAUGCGAUACUGGAGAUCGAGACAAGAGAGGCAAGUAGGCUAAGGGGAGUGUGGCGUUUAUUUGGGUGUUGGCCCGAAAAGUGGUGAGAUUCCAAUGAAUCCAUCACCGUGCUUCUUUAUGAACGCAUUCAACACCAUUCAUAACACCAUUACGAUUUCGCAAUCCAUAUUCACACCCCA